CUAGUAGACUAACUAGGUAAAGAUCGGCAGUCCAGCAAGCUACAUGUAGAUACAUGUAAACAGUGAACACAUGUGAACCAGUGUACCCUCUACAUUUAAUACAGUGAUAGCUGAGCUGAGGAUAUGCAGGGAACGCAGGGAACAGGAGGAGGUCUUGGAGGGUUUCGUCUAGGUGGCCAAGGUGGACUACAACUGGGCGGAGGUCAAGGUACAGGAGGCCUACAGCUUGGCGGAGGUCAAAGUACAGGAGGCCUACAGCUCGGCGGAGGUGGGCUACAACUUGGCGGAGGUCAAGGUACAGGAGGCCUACAGCUCGGUGGAGGUGGGCUACAACUUGGCGGAGGUCAAGGUACAGGAGGCUUACAGCUUGGCGGAGGCCUACAAGUUGGUGGACAGCCCAACACGAUGGCUGGAGCACCUCAAGGAAACACUACUGGAGGGUUGUCAUUGGGUGGCCUCAACACUGGAGGUGGUCUAAAACUAGGUGGAGGUCAAGGUGCAGGAGGAGGGGGUGGUCUACGUCUCGGACAAACAACAGGUUUACAACUGGGACAGCAACAAACGUCCGGUGGCCUCCAAUUAGGACAGCAGCAAGCAUCUGGUGGCCUCCAAUUAGGACAGCAGCAAGCGUCUGGUGGGCUCCAAUUAGGACAGCAGCAAACGUCUAGUGGGCUCCAAUUAGGACAGUUAUCGAGCGCUGGAGGACUGAAGCUCGGACAGCAAUCCCUCGGCCAAAACGCUUCCACUGGUGGGCUCCAAUUAGGACAGGCUAGGGGGCUCCCCCCACCCUCGUACACUACAGCCACUGCCCCCACCCCCGGCCUACAAUUGACCAAUCAGACAAUAUCGAGUAGUGGGCUCCAAUUAGGAGGACUGUCCACACAAACUCCCAAAACUGGCGGACCACAACCUGGUCUACAGCUUGGAGGUCAAAGGACGGGUGGUGGGCUCCAAUUAGGAGGGGUAGGUGUGGCUAAGCCGGCUCCAACUUUAGGGGGCGUGCCUACCAGCCUCAGCAAACCAGUCUCCCUGGGAACACCUAGCACUCUAGGGGGGUUAAAGGUCGGCCCAUCAUUCAAGACUACAGCUGCCGGUGCUGUAUCCACGGCAACCACUGGAGCCCCUCCCUCUUAUGCAGCCACCAAGAAGUACACGUACAAAGAACUGGAGACACUCAUCAACAAAUGGACCCUGGAGUUACAAGGACAAGAAGAGCUGUUCCUGAAGCAAGCUACCCAGGUCAACAAGUGGGACAGGACAUUGUCUGAGAAUGGAGACAAGAUAGUGGAGCUUCAUGGUGAAGUGGACAGAGUGAAGACUGAGCAAGAGAGGGUGAAUAAUGAACUGGAGAUGAUUGAAGGACAACAGUCGGAGCUGAAUGAUCUGUUGGCUUCACUGGAAUCCAGGAUAGACCACGCCCCCACACACACUGGUCACCAUGCCGACAUGCAGCGUAAUAGGACGUUCACUAUGGCUGAAACAGUGGACUCUCAACUCAAACAAAUGUCUACAGAUCUGAAGAUGAUUAUCGAGCAAAUGAACAAAUCAAAUACUUCAGCAGAUGAUGAAAAUCCAGUAAUUAAGUUACACCACUGUGCAUGCUGUAUCUCAUCCACACUCCCCACACACCUGCCCCCUCACACACACACACAGUUCACACAGAUAGUGCGCAUCCUCAACGCCCACACAGACUCUCUCGGGUGGAUAGAUCACGAGGCAGCUCUACUCAGGAAGAAAGUAGAUGAUGUUGCCAAGGUUACCGACUACCACAGACGAGAGCAAGAGCAUUCCUUCAGAAAAUUGGCAUUCAGCCAUCAGUGAGCCGGGAGACGGAGACGGGAUGGUGAGAGCUGUUAUCUGUGUCUUGAACUUCUGUAAACUGUGACAUUCUAGAACCUUAAUUUCACAUACUCUUGUUUUGUGCACUGCACAUACUUAAUCUCACAAUAUUGUCCUAUUUUGAAUGACUGUGUUUGUACGGUCAAUUUCUACCUUACAUAUUCAAUCAAUUGAUACAUGUAAAUACAUGUCACAUA